GGAGGACAUGACUUGAUGCUGAGCAGUGUGGGGGGCAGUGCAUCUUCCUGUCUCAGAGCCUCAUUUAUGACCAAGACUGUACAGUAUCAAAAUGAGCUGCAUAAAUUCCUAAUUUGGGAUACAGCUGGACAGGAACGGUUUCGUGCUUUAGCCCCAAUGUACUAUAGAGGGUCAGCAGCUGCCAUUAUAGUUUAUGACAUCACAAAAGAGGAAACUUUCUCAACAUUAAAGAACUGGGUUAAAGAGCUCCGACAGCACGGACCUCCGAACAUUGUUGUAGCUAUUGCAGGAAAUAAAUGUGAUCUUAACGACGUAAGGGAAGUCAUGGAAAAAGAUGCUAAAGACUAUGCAGAUUCCAUUCAUGCAAUAUUUGUAGAGACGAGUGCGAAAAAUGCAAUAAACAUUAAUGAACUCUUUAUAGAAAUUAGUCGUAGAAUUCCAUCAACUGACACCAACCCCCCAUCCAGUGGUAAGGGCUUCAAACUUAGACGACAGCCGUCGGUGACAAAGCGCAGCUGCUGUUGACUGGUCCAUUUGAAAAUCAGACUUGUUUAUACAGUAGGUGGUCUUGGAAGUUAAUAGUUCACGUUGGAUUUAUAUUAUCAGUCUUAGAUCUCUAUCUGCUGGUGUUCAUACGCCCAUGGUCCAGUAAAAAUGGACCAGUUCAUCUGACAUCUGUAUGCUCGCAGAAAAGACUGCCAUCGUAUGUCAGCCUGUUUACUUACAAAAAGUUGUAGUAUCUCUUGCAUUCAAAGGGAAUCCAUCAUCACUUCUUUGGCCUUGCUUAAAAGGAAGCUGACUAUGAAUGGUUGAACUGAAAUGUUUAGUAGUUUUGUAAUCGAGAUUGUGUUUUUGUAAAAAGGAAAACGAGCACUUUUGUGGGACUUGGGGGUGGGUGGAAGGAGUCUGGAUUUUGAAGGUUAGUGAGAUGUCGUUUCUUCCUUUUCUUCAGUGAGCCUUAUUUGAAAAGUAAGUGUAGCUAAUCCAAAGGACAACGGGACAGUUGUGUUUGAGGUGGCUACAGAAUAAGCAAAUGAAGGCAGAUAACAGUCAAAUCAGUCCGUCCACUCCCCAGGACCCAUUUGCACUUUUUAUUUAAAGAUAAGCAGCGGGGGUGGGGACACAUGCAACAGACCUUAAACCACGGACAAUCUUUUUUUCUGUGCUGACUUAAUCAUUUUGAGGCAAACUGAUAUGCUCAUAGGCAUCUUCUUCUUGUUACAAGUUUUUGAUGUUAAGUUGUUGGUCAAAGAAAAAGCCUAGGUGUAGUUCUGACUAAAUGAAGUGAUUACUGACUAAAAGCAGAUGCUGUAAACAGAUGCUUCCAAUCGUUCUGAUAAGAUUUAAAAGAUUUGGGGGAAAGCCUUUAACUGCUUAGCAUGUGUAAAGUGUUCAUAUUAUAUUUAUGAGACCAGUGUUUAAAAUAUUAUAAAUUAUGUAAAAACAGUCUUUAAAAAAUUGCAGUCUUAUUCGCUCCUUCCAUUCCACACCUACAGAUGCACUCCUGGGGUUCUCCAUCAGGUUUUUUUCUCCAGCAUCUUUUAGAUAUCGUUGCUGUAAUUUCAUCCAGAGACAGGCUGAAAUUUGUUCUCUUUAAAUCAUGUUUGAAAGGUCCAAUAGAGGCUGUUGUUGGUACAGCGUGAGGUCUGUCUGAACAGGUUUUCAUCUGUGGUGCACCCAAUCAUUCUUGCUUUGGGCACAAAAAUACAAAUAAAAAGUAACCUUAAGACACGUGGUGAUGUAGAUCAUUACCUCUAAGUUCCUGGGCUUUUUUAUCUGCUAGGGUUGGGUUUUUGUUUCUUUUAUUGUUUUGGUGGGGCUCUUCUUUCUUUUUCUCUCUCUUCUUUUUUUUUUUUUUGGCAAACUCAAUGUUUAGCUUAUUGUGUUGGUUUUAGUAUGCUUGCAAUUAAACCAUAGAUUGACCAUACUUUUUUGUGCUUUUAUUUUAUUUUCACUUUUUUGUUUCCUACUGGCACUAUUGAGGUUCUUUAAAAGUCUCAAGUAAUCAAGUACAUGCUAAUAUAUUAUUAAGCUUUGGUGUGAAAGCGAGGUUUAUUCUGUUUGCAGUCUAGCUUUCUAUCAUCUGAAGUAUUUUCUCUGAAGGAAACACAGAAAAGCAGACUUCAUACCUUUCUUGCAGUUCUGAUCUUGAAUUACUCCAGUCAGUGAAACCAUGGAAAAGGCCAUUGUUUCAGAUUGCCCAAAUGUUGAAGUGAAACUGCUUUUAAAGACUAUGCCUAUGUAGAAUGACAGACUGUUGAUGUAAGUUGGUUUGAGCCAAGAUAACUGUGUUGAUCAGUUGGCUUUAGCUGAAAGCUGACAUGCAGUCCUCUCUAGAUGAGACACACAUGUUCAAUGUCUCAUUUUCGUUGGAGGAAAAUGGUUUCUUCUGUAUUAGUUUUAGGCCAUCUGCUUCCAUUUUGUACUAGGCUCACUGAAAUUAAUUAUAUUUUGUCCUAACGUAACUUCUCUAUUUGGAGGCAGAUUAGCCUUUGAGUGUUUGAAAUACUGAUGAUCAACCAUUUCAGCUAACUUAUUAAUAAUUUUGUUAAGGAGUUGCUGAAGUAGCGGAAUAAAAUUGAAGUUCAGAGGUUUGCCUUUCUCUUUAAUGAAUGGCACUCGUCACAGAGACUAGAUUUUGAAAUGCUAUAGAAGUGAUUGCUGCACAAAGUUUUUUUUGAAGGGGCAAACAUCAGAUACAUAAAAAGGUAAUGAGCUGUGUGUCAUAUCAUUGAUCCAGAGCUUUUUUUUUAACUGACAGAAUGUUACUAUUUCUGCUUCUAAACAAUACCAACUCUCUCCUAAGAAAGUAUAGAUCUGUACAAAAACGUCAUUUGAUAAAUAGUUUAUUUAGUUUUGGAGCUACUUCAGUGUGCUGCCUAAGUUUUGGAGGGGGGUCUUCAUCGUUCCCUAUGAAUUCUCAGUCUCUUAAAUGACCUGUGAUGCUCUUGAUCUGUGCUGAGUAGUUUUGUAGUGUAUUUUAUAUGUGUGUUUAAAGCUGGCAUGCUAAGUGCCUAAAUAGGUGAAAUGUGGAAGCUUGUGCUUAACAAAACACAGAGGCAUUUAGUAGCCACACUACUGAAACUUGUAAUAGGUGCUUUAAAAACUUAUAGGAGAAUUCUGACAACUUUUGCUGUUGACAGGGAGGUAAAGACUUUUUAUAUUGUUAGAUACAUGUUGACACAAAACAAAUCAUUGCACUUUAAAUCCCUCCUGACUUCAGUGAGACCAUUUCUGUAAGUGCCACAGUAUCAGGCAUUUAACAGCUUAGAGGGGGUGUUCAGUUUAAACUCAUUUCUAAUAUGUUCUGUUCAACCAUCUUAUCAACAAUCUGGGUGCAGGAGUGGAAUGCAAUCUCAGCACGUUUGCUGAUGACAAUAAACUGGGAGGUGCUUAUGCCUGGAGGACAGGAGACUUUGCAGAGAGAUUAGAUAGACUGGAGCAUUGGGUGAUCAGCAGUGGCAUGAAUUUCAGCAACAGUAGAAUGCUGGGUGCUGCACUUGUGACAGAGCAAUGCCAUAUGAAGGUACAGACUGGGAGACAGGUAGCUGGAAAGAGCAGCAGAAAGGGACCUGGGAGUGCUGGUGACAGCAGGCUUACAAUGAGCCAGCAGUCUGUCCUGGCAGCCAAGAGAGCAAACGGUGUUAAGGAGUGCAUUACACACAGCAUAGCUAGCUGGUCAAGAGGUGCGACUCCUGCCGCAUUUAGAGCUGGUGUAGCCUCACCUUGGAUAUUGUAUGCAGCUCUGGGCUCUGCAGGUUCUUAUCAAUACAUCAGAAUUGGCUCAGGAAUCCCUUAGUCUGGUGAUUGAUACCUGUUACUGGCAUUGGAGAACCACAAAGACUGAGAGGGGAUCUUACCAACCCUUAUAAAUAUCUUCAGGGCAGAUGAAGUGGCACUUUUCAGUGGUGCCCAGCGACAGGACGUGGGGCAGUGGGCAAAAUGCAAACACAGGAAGUUCCAUAUGGAAUUGAGAAAAUAUUUGUUUAAUUUGAGGGUGAGGGAACACUGGAACAGCUGGAAUAUCCCCUCUGGAGAUAUUCAAAACCUGCCUGAAUGUUUUUCUGUGCUUUAAAUCUUGGUUAGCCCUGAAGUGGUGAGGCAGUUCAACUCAGUGAUUUUCAUAGGUCCUUUCCAACUGAACUAUUCUGUGUUCGCAUCUCUGUUAAUAGAUCACAUCCCUGAUAAUGUUAGGCAAAAUAAGAUACUGUUGUCAAUUGCUAAUCUAACAUUUCUUAGCAGUGUUUUAGAACAAAAGUAUGUCAGCUGACCUUUUCAGAGUUCUAUGACUCCAGCACGUCAAAAGAAAUAAGCUUGAAACUAUAUCUCUGUUUCUUAUGCAAGUGUUCAAGUGCCAAAACAUAUUUCUUUGUAAUUGUUAGGCCUUCUGAUGUCAAAACUUAUUUUUAAAAAAAUCCCUUUUGAUCUUCUGGUAGUCUUGAAAAUUUGCAUGCUAACUCUUUUUUAUCAGUUGGGAUCAAAAAUGUUUGACCUGCAAAAAUCGAAUAAAUUACCAGACUGUCCAUGAAGGGUCACUGAUCACUAAGUUUUUUGAGGGAUAUAAGACUAUCCUGCAUCCUGAGCGUAUUGAUGGGCUUCGUCUCUGACAUGUUAAAGUCAUCCUUUCCUUCUUCCCUUCUCCUCACAAUUUUCCCCUCCAUUUUUAGGUGUAUGUGCUGUAAACAGCUAUUUCAAAAUCCUUACAGGAGUUCUAGUAGCUCAGAGUUAUUUGAUGCCUCCUAUUUUGCAUGGAAAAUCAAGGCACUAAGAUGAGUUUGGCCCCCUAGAAAUUGGUACAGCAUUUACUGAAACUGUCCUUAUUCUAAAACAGAAAAUUCCUAGAAGAAAUGCUUCUGCUCUUCCCAUUGCAUCAUCCUGCAAGUUAGGAGCAGUGAGUCUUAAGUUUUUGCUGAAACACUAACUGUUUUAUUCAAGAAAAUUGGGUUUUUCUUUGUUUCAUUCCUGUCAAUGUUUUUAAACACGAAUUACUGAACAAACCAGCUGCUGUUCCUGUUCUAAUGCUGAAGGAUACAGACAAGCUUUUCUGCUGUUCUUUUCAUUUGUAUGGACAGAAGACACCAUCCAGUUGUGCUUAGGCUUGCUGCAUCUCAAACAUUGAUAAAUUCACUGCUGCUUUCUUGCCACAUUUUCACUUUUGUCACAGUGUGAAUUUCCUAUUAUUAAAUCCAUUAUGUUUUUUGACUAUUCUUUGUUUCCUUCUGGGAUUUAGCCAAGAAAGGGUGACAAGUGUCUUUUUCUCCUCAAGAGUUCAAGAAAUAUCUGUCAUAGCAGCAAAUAUUUGUGAACAAAAUGAUCAUCUUUAGAGCAGCUUUAUGAAAUCGUUAAGAAAUCGUAGCAGCUGAGACAUGUAGCACUGCUUCAUUAUACUAGAUAAGAAGGCAAGAAGCACUUUCAUCUGGAGGAAGUAAAUUAUUGUAAAGCCCUAACAGCAUCAUGUGAAGUAUAGAAGCGAUUAACUUCUUUUGUACUUGGCAUUUCUGAUUAUAGUGCAUUCAGCAUUGAAACUGUGGCACAGGGAAUUGACAUAAGACUUAGAAAUGGAGGAUAUUUAGCUGUAAGACACUUAAGACUUCUUGGCAAUCUUCCCCCUUGCACUCUCUCAUCCCCCAAUUAUGAUGAAGAAAAAAGGGAAUCAUUCUGGAAGUGUCUAAACAAAAACUCUACAUUUGCUUUUGUGUAUUCGGGGCACAAGAAUAACCUGAUGUGCAUUUAGCUCUUGCGGUGUAAUAAAUGCAUGCCUGUAAAAUUAAGCGUGAAGGUUAACUUUGGAAUCAGCAGUUCUUGUCCCUCUUAAGAACCAUCUGCCUUUUCCUUAUGGUAUUGAGUUAACCUGUUAAAAAGAUGGAAGGAUCUGUGCCUUCUUAUUGUAGUGUCUCUUACUGAAACAAACUAAAGCCGCUCAAAGUUACAGAGCAUUUGCAGCACUGUAAACUGCACAAAUUUACUACCAUUGCUUCACUGCAUGAAAUGUAGUCAGAUCACGAGUGAUGAAAUCUUACAGUGAUGAGUUCCCAAGCUAAUGAAUGUUCUGAGACUUUUCUAGUCUUCUCUUGGGCUGGUCCCGAGGGUGUGUACAGGUUUGUCUGUAUUGUUGGUUUGUAGAUGCUAAUGAGGAAAACCAGACUUUAGUUUUCUCCUUUUAGUUUGUAUUGUUAUACUCCCAUGUAGUGCAUAGAAUGAAAAUUAAGAAACGUUGGUUUGGCAUAAUGUAAACGGCAUUUUCAGCUUACGCAUUCAUAAUAAACUUUUAUAGUGUAAUAACAUGCUAAAUCACUACCAGUCCGAUGUAUUGUGCAAAAAAGGUGUAAACAUUUUAUUAAUAAAAAGCUUUGUUUAUAAA